CCCAAGUGGGAGCCCUCCUGAGUGAUCCCAGGUCUGGAUGGGGAACAAUAACCUCAGCCACAAUCAGCAGACCACAGCGUUUAGGCAUCCUGUGACUGGACAGUUUUCUCCAGAAAAUAUUGAAUUCAUUCUUCAGGAAGGGCCGAAUCCGCAUAUGUCAAAGCAAGAGUUUAUGAACCAGAGACCCUCCAGCAUGGUCAGUGAGACGUCCACAGUCGGAACUACAUCCACUUCGGAUAUGAAAUCAGGACCAAGGGUUAUCAAGACCAGCAAAAUCCACAGCUUUGGAAAAAGGGACCAGGCUAUCAGAAGGAACCCCAAUGUCCCUGUGGUGGUGAGAGGCUGGUUGCACAAACAGGACAGCUCUGGGAUGCGAUUAUGGAAGAGAAGAUGGUUUGUGCUUGCUGAUUACUGUUUGUUCUACUAUAAAGACAGUCGAGAAGAAGCCGUCCUAGGGAGCAUCCCACUGCCCAGCUAUGUGAUCUCUCCUGUUGGGCCCGAAGAUCGUAUAAACCGCAAGUAUUCUUUUAAGGCUGUCCACAAUGGCAUGCGGGCCCACAUCUACAACACCUCUGGCGUUGAUUUUCCGGCGGAGCACUCGGGGAUGAGAACUUACUAUUUCAGCGCUGACACUCAAGAAGAUAUGAAUGGCUGGAUCAGAGCCAUGAACCAGGCUGCCCAACUACAGUCUCGAGCAUCAUUGAAGCGGGAUGCCGAGAGGACAGAGCGGCAAGCUGUCCCACAAGCCAACCAUACAGACCCCUGUCGAGAGUGUGGCCGCGUGGGCCCUGGACAUACCAGGGACUGCUCCCGGCGAGCCCACAAUGACGCCUUUGGCUUUGACAGGCCCGAGCAAGACGAUGAGGAGCGCUACGGCCUCCAGAGGGACCCUCUGGAGGGGAAGCGGGACAGGGGGAGGUCCAAGUCCCCCUACCCAGCAGCCGAGGCAGACUCCUUCUUUGUGGACUUACCCGGUGGUCCCAGGGUUCAGUCCGCCCAGCCUCAGCUAAUGGAGAGGAACGGCGUGCUGCCUAGUUCCUUUGGUGGGGUCUCUGGGCUUGGGGAGCAGAAUGGUACUGGUGGGCAUAAGAGGGUAAUCCAUCCCCGAACCAAUCCUGAAAAGCAUGCCCAGAGGAGGAGUAACAUGGCGCAGGUGGAGAACUGGGUGAAGGUGCAGAAAGGAGACGGCAAAAGCCUUGUCUCAGACCAGAUACGAUUCCUCCAGCAGGGUCCUGGCCAGUCCCUGUCCUUCUCAGAGAACUUCCAGACCCUGCCCAAGAACACCCGCCAUUCCUCAGGCAGUUCCCCACCUCCACUCCGCAACUUACCCAGUGAUUACAAAUAUGCCCAGGACCGAGCCAGCCAUCUGAAGAUGUCCGAUGAGGAGCGCCGGGCGCACCGGGACGGCACCGUCUGGCAGCUCUAUGAAUGGCAACAGAGGCAGCAGUUCAAGCACGGGAACCCCACGGCCCCCAUCUACGCCGGGUCCCCGGAGUUUGCUGACCAGGGCCGGAGCAAGAGCAUGCUGGAGGUGCCUCGAUCUAUCUCUGUGCCACCAUCUCCAUCAGACAUCCCUCCCCUAGGCCCACCCCGGCUCUUUCCGACACGGAGGCCACACACGCCUGCUGAGCGAGUCACUGUGAAACCACUGGAGCAGAGGCGGAGUGUGGACAUUUCCCUGGGGGGGUCUCCCAGGAAGGUUCGGGGCCACACUCUUAAGAACUCCUCUCAUGUGGACAGGCGCUCCAUGCCAUCCAUGGGGUAUAUGACACACACUGUUAGUGCUCCCAGUUUACAUGGAAAGUCGGCUGACGACACCUACCUGCAGCUGAAGAAAGACCUGGAGUAUCUAGACCUAAAGAUGACCCGUGACACUCUCAAGGACAGAAGUCUGAAGCCUGUGAAAGUAGCUGAGAGUGAUAUUGAUGUAAAAUUAAGCAUCCUGUGUGAACAAGACAGGGUCCUGCAGGACUUAGAAGACAAAAUAAGAGCCCUCAAGGAGAACAAAGACCAGCUGGAGUCAGUCCUGGAGGUUUUGCACAGACAAAUGGAACAGUACAAAGACCAGCCCCAGCAUUCAGAAAAGAUUUCUUACCAACAAAGGCUGCUGCAAGAGGACCUCGUUCACAUACGAGCAGAGAUAUCCAAGCUUUCAACAGAAAUGGAAAAUGCCUGGAAUGAAUACCUGAAGCUGGAGAAUGAUGUCAAUCAGCUGAAACAAACUUUACAGAGGCAAAAUCGACGAUCCUUCUUUCUGCCUCAGGAGAGAUCUCAGAUACAAAAGGACCUUUGGAGGAUUGAAGAUGUCACUGCUGGCCUGAGUGCAAAUAAAGCGAACUUCAAAAUCUUAGUGGAGUCCUUCAAGAAUCCAGAAAGAAAAACAGUGCCUUUGUUUCUUCACACGCCUGUGCCUUCAGUCCUCAAAUCUCUCAGCACUUCAGAGAGCAAACGACUCCCCCAGACUAGCCCUCCAAGCAGCCCUCCAUGGACCAGCCCUGCAAAGACGCCCCUGGAGGUUCGCCUCUUUCCGCAGCUGCAGACAUAUGUGCCCUAUAGAACCCAUCCGCUCCAGCUGAGAAAAGUGACCUCUCCCAUCCAGUCCCCUACGAAGCUGACGCCAAAGGCUGAAGAUGAGGCACCACCCCGACCCCCCCUUCCUGAGCAAUACAGCCCUGAGGACCCACCUCCAGCCGUGCCUCCUCUUCCUCGGGAAGCCACCAUCAUCCGCCACACCUCCGUGAGGGGCCUCAAGCGUCAGUCUGAUGAGAGGAAGAGAGACCGGGAACUGGGGCAGUGUGUGAAUGGGGAUUCCAAGGUUGAGCUUCGUUCCUAUAUGAGUGAGCCAGAGCUGGCAUCCCUCAGUGGUGACAUGAAUCAGCCCUCCCUUGGAUUUGUGGGCCCUGACAGUGGCUACCAGACACUACCUGGGAGAGGUUUUUCCGGCUCCACAUCCAGGCUCCAGCAAUCAUCUACCAUCCCUUCCUACGUUACACUCAGGAGGGGAUUAAAUGCGGAAAGCUCAAAGAGACCCAAGAGUGCCUUGGAACGUCUGUAUUCUGGAGACCACCUGAGGGGCAAGAUGAGCGCUGAGGAGCAGCUGGAGAGGAUGAAGCGGCACCAGAAGGCCCUCGUCCGGGAGCGCAAGAAGACGCUGAGCCAGGGCGAGAAACAGAGUGUGUCCUCGUCCCACAUGUUCAGCCGUCCCAGCCCUGGAGACCUCGGCUCAUGGAAGCGAGAACAGGACUUUGAUUUGCAAUUACUUGAGAGAGCCAUGCAAGGAGGGGAGAAAGACGAGGAUGGCUGGCUGAAAGUACAGGCUACUCCCGUGACUGAGAUGGACCUAGAGCCUCAAGAAUAUGACAUAGACAUCAACAGAGAGCUGUCCAAGCCAGAUAAGGUGUCCAUCCCUGAACGCUAUGUGGACUUGGAGCCCGAGGAGCCGCUCAGCCUGGAAGAGUUAGAGGCAAGGUUCCGCAAAGCCGAGAAGAUCCGUAACCUCCUCACCUGCUCGAGCAUGCACAACCUCCAGCCUCCAACCAUUCAGGACAAAAACCGCUCAGCCGACCUCGACUCCCAGCUCCAGGAACAAGAACGCAUCUUCCAUAUCUCCCACACCCUGGCUUCUGAAGCCUCCCAGCGUAGCAAGCAGGUGGCAGCCCAAGCAGUAACUGACCAGUGACCAGUGACCCAUGUCCUGAAGAGAGGCCUGGAGCUGAGAGCCCAUGGAGCCAACACCCUUGGAGAAGAUCUCUUGCUUUCCCCAAAGGAAAUUCUGAGAGGCCAGGGAGAGGUUUUCUGAAGGGGGGAAGGACACCCCCCCCACCCUCCCAACCAUCCUGUGAAUGAAUCACUCACUGUAGGCUAGUUCCUAACACACACACACACACACACACACACACACACACGUUUCAGUUAUGACUUUUAUAUAUGUAUAAAAAGGCACUUCUAAUACAAGCUGUAAAAUACUGACACUGUAUUUUAGAAACAAUAUAUUUUUUAACAUUCUCAAGGGCUGAGUGGAUGGAAAGGUAUUUAUACAGAGGUGGCAGGGUUAGGGGGGCCACGUUCAGGUACGCAUAUGGAGGGUGGUGGGUUAAGUUAGGAGGAGGAGAGAGGUGAGGAACUGGAAUCGCAAAUCAUUGCUGACACUUGAAAAGCAUGUUAUGUUUGAGAUGAAUCUGGGGGAGAAUUUAGCCUGAGAAUGACUUCCUGGGUGCUGGAGCUAAAAGAUCGCAAGGAUUCUGCUGGGAGAAGAAAGUCAACGAUCCCUCCUACUCACUGGAAACACGGAUUUGCAUCCUGCCUUGAAUGUCAUUUAUGCUUAGCAGCCAGUAUUGUUAGCAGAAGCCCCAGACUAUCUGCCCUUUGGUCAGAGGUGCUGGCUGGAUUCUGACCAGCUGGGCACCUUUUGGCAAUGUAUACACUUACAGUGUAUGUAGCUUUAGAAGGAAUUGGGUCUUCUACCAGAAUUUUUUAAAAAUUCACUUUUAAGAAAUGAAUGAAUAAAAUUUGGAAAUACCAAACGGAGAGAGAAAGAGAAGCGAUUUAAGUCGUAUAGUAAGCAAUAACUGAACCCAGGGGAUGUUUGACCGACACAUCUUGAUUUUCUCUUCAAUUGUCUUCAAAUGCAAGAUGUGGCCUGCUGGAGCAUCAAGUGAGUCCAGAAGGGCCUUUGAUAUCCUGCCAGUGGCCCUGUGGUUCCAGGGGCCUUGACCUUCGCUCUGAGGUCUGCUUCACAAGCCUCUCCUUCUUGGGUGGUUGUCUCAGGCCAGUUGCUGAAGGCGGGCAGCUAGACUCCCGAGAACCAUGUUAGUGCAUUGUAGAAGGAAAACGUUUUCCUGCAGAAACUUGGUUUUCUACAGAAAUGAAAUUCGGUGACACGACAGGACUUUGGGUUAAGUGGCCAGCCCGCAAGGAGGAGGGGGCAGGUCACCGAGAUGUUUGCAGUGUUUUGCAAGACUAUUAACGUGUUCCAGGUAUGUUUUCCUGAAUUGAAAAAAAAAAAGUUUUUUUUAAAAAACCUGGUGAGUGGAACUACAAGUCGCUGAUUAAUAUAAAAAUUCCUAUUGUUUUUUGACUCUAUUCAGAAAAAAAAAAAUGAUUCUUGAAGCUAUUUAGAAGACACGUCUAUUUUUAACUCACUCCAGUUACUGCCAGUGUCAACUUCAUAACACUUGCCAAAAUGAAAUGGUUUUAUUUUUGCCUUUAUAAAAAAUUUUGUCGGAAAAAAAAGGAAAUGAAUA